CUCAAACAACCGUGACUAUACAUACGAGCGCGGCGAGUGGCCGAGCACGUAUCGUAUAACCUGAAGAGAUGGCCUGGAUGCCUUUUUUCGUCGUGUACCGUUACCGUAGAAUAACUUCGGGUUCUGCGAUCACAUGCCGCUUAUUUUACUUUGUCCCCAUCGUUCACCCGUUCGAUUGUAUGUUACGACCUGUGUGCUCUAUUAGCUUGAAGGUUUAACGAGAAUAAGAAGCGAACGAGUUUCUCCCGCGGAAACGUUCGGCUCACACAGUUCAGUCCGGCUCAGUUCUUGUUGCUCGCUCUGCGCGGUCAGUCGAAACAAUCUCAUCGAUAAAUUGAAAGGAAUUAGUCGCCAAAAUUAGCAGGGAAAGAAAAGAGAGGAAAAGUCAGCGAUUGGUAAAGCAGUCACUGAUACCCGCCGGAAGUGAUUAACGCAUCGGAAGUGCAAGAUGAGGAUCGCGCUCACUUUAGGUGUAGUCCUCAUUGUUUGUAUCAGCAUACGAUGCGUCGAGAGCAAAGUAAAGAAGACGCAACUGUCGUUGCAAAGCAAAGAGACAAAUGUAGUGAACUUCAUGAGAUUGCUGGUGAUGAGGCUCGUGUUUGGAGUUGCAUCGGCGAUGGGUCUCGGCGAAAAUCUUUCUGGCGUGCUUGGAGGAAUUUUCGUACCCCCUGGAGCAGAAGAUUACAGUGAUUAUGCCGACGAUGAUUUCAUGUCGGAUUUGUUUUAAUAACAGUGCACGCUAAAGCACCGUUCGAACUUGCAAUUAUAAAUAAUCAACGAGUGUGAAUUGAAUUCGAGCUUAGUAUAACUUUGCUUGAUUUUGUUUCAUCCUAAAAUUGAUACGAUAUACGGAAAUAAAUAUUCUUUUAUUCGAAUUUAAGCGGGUUAAAAAUAUUCAAAAAUCUGACGCAUGCGCAUCAGCACACUUGCGUUAGCGUGUGCGCGUCAAUAUACGCACGUCAGUCAGUCGUGCGUGUCAACGCAUGAGCGUUGGACGUGAACAGAUAUAUUUACAUUGAUAAAUUCGCUUAAAAAAUAUUCUUCUUAAUAUUUUUGCUUGUUAAAUUUUGUAACAGCUUACAAAAAUUAAUAAUUAUUGUAUUCUCGUUUGUAAAUAAUAUUAUGCUAUUUAUAUUUAUUAUUUAUUUAAGAGCAUAAUUAUGAGAAACAUGAAACCUUGUUGCGUCAAAGAGCAUCUUGUGUUGAAAAUUUAAAUUGCUCUUUGUACGUAUGAAGGUUUCGGUAAAACCUUUUAGAUUGCUACUUUUAUUUAUCUAAUUUUGCAAUAUUAGAAAAUUAAAUACCUAAUAAUUGUUUCAUUUAAAAAUACAUGUAUACAUAAUUAUGUUUUUAAAUGAUGAUGUAUAGAUAAAAACAUAUAUAUGCAUAAAAUACGUAUUCUUUAUAAGACCUAAAAUAAAGUAGGCUACAAAUAUUUAUUUACGUUAUGUAUUUAUUAAAAAAUAUCAUUUUAAAUAUACGUACAUAUACCUUUAUACCAAAUUAUUUUUCGAAAAUAUAAAAUUAAAUAAAUCGGUGAAAUAAAUUAAAUAUUUUACAACAGUACAAUUGAUUUACUUAUUUAUUUUAUAUAUUUAGAAUUUUGAAAUUUUUAUUCAUGAUAAAUCAAUAA